AUGGCUGUCGGGGGCCCGAAGAAGGUGGCGAGUAUGGUCUAUUACGACCUCAUGGGCCUCGAGGCAGACGCCACGCCCGAGCAGAUCAAGAAAGCCUAUCGCCGCAAGGCGCUGCAGCUGCAUCCGGACAAACGGGGCAAUACGCCCGAGUCGCAAGAAGAGUUUACGCGCAUGAAGCAGGCGUACGACGUGCUCUCGGACCUGCAGAAGCGCGAGGUUUAUGACCGAGUGGGCGAAGAUGGGAUCAAACUCAUGGAAGAUUUUGGCAGCAUGAGUCCGGAAGAACUGUCGAUUUUGAUCUUCCGGUCCAUGGGGGCGUUCGGUGCUGGGGGAAAGUGCGCUCUCAUUUUCGUCGUGUCACUGCUCUUUGCCUUUUUCCUGCUCAUUCCAAUUUUCUGGUGUCUGAGAGCAGACUCGACGAUUUCAUGGAACUGGGCGGUGGUUUGCAUCCCGUUAUGGAUUGUUGACGCCAUAUACUACUGCUGCUUGGGCUGCGUGUACGCGUCUUCGGGCGUCGAGGACGUAAAUCCAGACGAAAAAGCAAAGGAAAAACCGGCGCUGUACAAGCUCUACGCGUUCCUCAAGGCGCUGCUGCUGUUGGUGCUGCAGAUUUUCUUAGCCUUGAAGCUCAAUGGCGACGUCCAAUGGACUUUGAUUCAGGCGCUGAUUCCGUAUUUCGCUUACGAGGGUCUUAAUUUCCUCGAAGGGGUAGCCGGUGGAAUACUUGGCUACGGUAUGCUGACGAAGAAUAGCGAAGGGGCGGGUGUAACUCACACGGAGGACAUCAAGAAGCAGCGCACAGCUUUUGUUAUUGCCGUGGCUAGAAAGCUAAUUUUGAACCUCGCCCGGAUCGCCCAAGCUGUGUUGUUGGGACUCAAAGUGGACCACGAUGCGCGUGACGUCAGUUGGUGGAUUGUGUUCAUUCCAGUUUGGCUUUACAUUGCAUUCUUCGUCUCGUUCCCCGUACGAAAGUAUUAUCGCACGAAGACGAAGGUGCCAAAGUCCCAGUCGGCGUCGCCGAGGAGACAGCACACGCACGACGAUUACACUCGCGAGUCUAUCAGCGAAGACGACGACGAGGCCGUUUCGAAGUUCCCGCUGCUGGAUGCGCUUUGCACGAUUCUCGUCAUCGGCGCACUCACGUCACCCUUCUUCAUCCUAUCCGCGAGACUGGAACACGGCUCAUUUUCCAGCAUUUUCGUGCUCCUGCCUUGGCUCGUUGUGGUGGGACUUAUCUUUUGCUUUAUAUGCUGCGCGAUUUCUUGUGUGGGUUUCCGAGACCCAGAAGACGGUGGUACACCCGAGCAAGGAGCAGAGGAGGGUGCCGAAAAGGCGUCAGUGGCUGAGGAAGGUGCGACUGUUCGUACAGAUUACGUUUCUGUCCACAUGGAUUGA